AUGAAAGAUUCACCAGAAAUCUCACGAAUUGGCGACACUCCAGAACCACCCGACGAGCAUGCGGAGUUCUUACUCAAAGCCGAGAAGAGAGUGUUAAGGAAGAUUGACUUGCGAAUCCUCAGCUUGACUGCUCUGGCUUACCUCCUUAACCAUAUUGACAAAACAAAUUUAGCAAAUGCCAAAAUAAUGAACACUGACACUGAGAACGAUUCCAUGGUAGACCAGCUCGAUCUCCAGGGCAGCCGCUUUGGAAAUGUCAUCCUUACGUACUACUGUAGCUUUAUAUUAGCUGAGUUGGUUGGAAACUACUUUCUGAAACUAAUGGGUCCCAAACUCCAUAUAUCUCGGAUUGUCAUCAGCUACGGUAUAGUAUGCGCUUGCUCAGCUGCUGUGCAAUCCUACGAAGGCAUGAUCAUCAAUCGAUUUUUCCUCGGACUGUGCCAGGGUGGAUUGUAUUCAGGCGUUUUAUAUUACUUCUCCAUUUGGUACAAUGAUACCGAACGUGCUCUUCGCUUUGCCAUCUUUGUCUCAUUUUCAACCCUCUCAACUGCAAUAUCCGGUCUAAUUGCCACUGGCUGCUCCUAUAUGAACGGACUAGGGAGCCCUGCUUUGGAAGGUUUCCGAUGGCUCUUCCUGCUUGAAGGCAUUGUGACCGUCGUCGUUGGUGUUUUGAUCUUUUUCUUGCUCCCAGACUAUCCUGAAGAUGCCAAAUUUCUUACCCCUGAGGAGCGUACAAUUGCAGUGAACAGACUGGGAACAUCAAUAAUAAAAAACGACGAUGGUUUUAAGAUGAAAUCUGCCUUGGGCGUAUUUAAGCAAUUUGAUUUCUACUUCGUUUCUGUGGUGUGGUUGCUUCUUGCCCAUGGCACUGCUGCGUUCUCUUUUUUCGCACCCAGUAUCAUCAAUGACCUAGACCCAAGCUUCCAAGGUAUUAUUGCACAGUGUCUGUCGGUUCCACCAGCCAUUCUGGCGUCUUUAUUGACUGUAGCAUCUGGGUAUUUAUCAGAUAGAUUCAGAAAUAGACCUGCGUUCAUCCUAUUAGGUGUUGUUUUCGUCAGUUGCGGCUAUUUGAUCUUAGCUGUUGAUAAGAAGGUGCUAGUUGGACGGAUGGCGGCGGUAUUUCUCGUGGCCUUGUCUAACGUUGCCAUUAUCAAUGUAGCCGCUUACCGCGUUAGCAUACAGAGCAGAAGAGAAGAUGCUGACAGUACCGCUGUAGCCGUCGGCAGUAGUGCAUCUUCAGCUAUCUCAAAUAUAUCGGGUAUAACCGCACCCGUCAUUCUUGAUAGCCAGUUGGAGUUUGAAUUUAAGUGUUAUAUCCUCAUGGCUCUCUUCUUAGUCUCAGGUCUUAUGACUAUCUUCUGCUGGUGGUACUACGGUCCGGGUGUGAAUUCGGACGAUACUUCACAUGAGCCUACAAAGAUUCCCCCUUAUGAAGCUACAGAUGGAGUCCAGUUUGAACCGAAGGAAAAAGGUAAAGAGGACACUAAACAGACGGAAGAAAUCGAAGAGAAGAGCAAAGAAUCUAUUGAAGCUUUUGAUACGGAUUCGCAUAAAUCAAAUGUGGUCUGA